AUGAAUGAGAAGCACAUGAGAGCUCAUGCUCGCCGAGGACCGCAGGCCAUGGUUCCCCGGCUGGAAGGUUCUAACCAGCUCUUCCACUUCAGGUUUUUUGUCCAGUUUCCUGCCUACCCUGAAAUCAGGGUCCUCGGGGGCAGAGCCCCGAAGCCCACCCGCUCCAGCACCGGCCUCCUGCUUGGUGGGUCCCGAGGUGCCGCAGCGCCGGCCCUCGCCGGGAGGCACCUAAAUCAGUACCCACUGCCUUCCUUCCUGCUGAAAGGGGCUGGUGCGCAUCUGGGCUCCGGCCGCGCGCGGUGCGUGAGCUCCCGCUUCCCACCCGCCCCCCGGGGAGCCGGCCGGCUGCGCCUGGCGCGGCUCCGAGGGGCUGCCGAAGACCCUGACCGCGGAGAGCCGAGGGGCCCAUGCCCACGGCCCAGGCAGGGCGAGGCGAAGGGUGGCUGCGGAGCCCGAACCGGCGUGAAGCCGGGAGAGCACGCGCCCGGGCCGCCGCUUAGCUGUGCUAACGGCCGCCGCCACGUCCACUGUCCUGUGGUCAGCGUGCGGGUUCCUCCGGACACACCCGACGGGGAGGGCAGAGGCGCGGGGAGGAGGGGUGAGGAGAGGCGGCAGGAGGUGAGAGAUGGCAGCGGGAGAAAGGGCGGGCUGGCGAGGGGAGUGGAAGCGGAGACUGAGCGCGGCAGGGAUGCGCGAGAGACGCGGGGACAGAGCAGGACGGCGCGGGCCCGGAGGCGGAGGCGGCUGACGGGGCCUCCCGCUCGGCUCUCGGCCGCGGCGCCCCCGCUCCGCCCGCAGAGCCGGUCCGACGCGGCGCCCCCGGCCUCCCCGCGCGCCGAUCCUGAGCCGCAGCCGCCGCCGCCGCAGCCGCCGCGCGGGGCGGCCCCUCCCCCGGCCUGGGGCCCGCGGGGGAAAAGUGUUCCCCGCAGCGGCGGCGUCCUUCCGCCUCGCCCUCUGCGCCCUGAGCCCGGCGCGAGCGCGUGGGGCCCCCGCUGGAAGCCCCCCCGGCGCCCGGGAGCGCGGGGACCCGCGAGCGGGGCGCGGGGUGGGCUCCCGCGCCGGCACAUGGCCGCGGCCGCCCCUCGCGCACCCCGAGGCGCCGCGCCCAGCUCGCCCUCGGCCCGUCGGCUGUGCCCGGCCGCCCCGGCGCCCGGCAGCGGCUGCGGCUGA